AUGGAAGAGGCAGACCGAAUCCUCAUCCAUUCCCUGCGCCAGGCCGGCACGGCUGUUCCUCCGGACGUGCAGACCCUGCGAGCCUUCACUGCUGAGCUGGUUGUGGAAGCUGUUGUUCGCUGCCUGCGUGUGAUCGACCCCGCUGUGGGUUCCAGCCUCAGCCCGCUGCUGCCUCUUGCCAUGUCUGCCCGUUUCCGCCUGGCCAUGAGCCUGGCUCAGGCCUGCAUGGACCUGGGCUAUCCUUUGGAGCUUGGCUAUCAGAACUUCCUUUACCCCAGUGAACCUGACCUCCGGGACCUGCUUCUCUUCUUAGCUGAGCGUCUACCUACGGAUGCCUCUGAGGAUGCAGACCAGACUGCAGGUGACUCAGCUAUCCUCCCCCGGGCCAUUGGGAGCCAAAUCCGGGACCAGCUGGCCCUGCCUUGGGUGCCACCCCUCCUUCGCACUCCUAAGCUGCAGCGCCUCCAGGGCCCGGCCCCCAAGAACCCUUUCCAUGCCAGCAGGCUUGCCAUGCCUGAAAUGAGUUCCAAAGGAGAGGCCCGGGAGUUCCAGGCAAGCUCCCUGUUACUACCGGCCCCCGCCCAGGUGCCUCAGCCUGCGGGGAGGGUAGCCUCGCUCCUCGAAUGCCAUGCCGCCCAGCUCUGCCGGCACACAGGCCAGGACCACCCCGGGGACAAGGACUGGGUCCACCGGGCAUCCCGCCACCCCUCCCAGGAGGACACUCGGGCGCAGCGGCAGCGGCUGCAGAAGCACUUGGCUGAACACCUGCGUCAGAUCUGGGGCCAGCCGGGGCCGUCCCCGCAAGCCCGGGACCUGGGAGAGCUGCUGCAGACCUGGGGUGCUGGCACCAAGACUGCUGCUCCCAAGGGCUCCCGCUUCACACACUCAGAGAAGUUCACCUUCCGUCUGGAGCCUGAGGCCCAGGCAGCCCAGGUGUCAGAGGUGCUGGCCACCUCCCGGUGGCCGGAACAGGACUGUUCCUCUCAAGAGCAGGAGCUGGAAGCCCUCCAGGAGCAGCUGGAGGGCGUGAACCGCAGCAUUGAAGAGAUCGGAGCCAGCAUGAAGACGCUGGGACUUGGCCUGGUGCAGGUGGAGACCGAGUGUCGGCAGACGGAGCUCAGCAUGGCCGAGAGGGAGCAGGCCCUGCGCCUGAAGAGCCGGGCGGUGGAGCUGCUGCCAGACGGGGCUGCCAACCUCGCCAAGCUGCAGCUCGUGGUAGAGAGCAGCGCCCAGCGGGUCAUCCAUUUGGCGGGCCAGUGGGAAAAGCACCGGGUCCCGCUUCUUGCUGAGUACCGCCACCUCCGAAAGCUCCAGGAUUGCAGAGAGCUGGAAUCUUCUCGACGGCUGGCAGAGAUCCAGGAGCUGCACCAGAGUGUGCGGGCAGCUGCCGAGGAGGCUCGCAGGAAGGAAGAGGUCUAUAAGCAGCUGGUGUCCGAGCUGGAGACCCUGCCCAGAGACGUGUCCCGGCUGGCCUACACCCAGCGCAUCCUGGAGAUUGUGGGAAACAUCCGGAAGCAAAAGGAAGAGAUCACUAAGAUCUUGUCUGAUACAAAGGAGCUUCAGAAGGAAAUCAACUCUCUGUCUGGGAAGCUGGACCGGACGUUUGCGGUGACUGAUGAGCUUGUGUUCAAGGAUGCCAAGAAGGAUGACGCUGUUCGGAAGGCCUACAAGUAUCUAGCUGCCCUGCAUGAGAACUGCAGCCAGCUCAUCCAGACCAUUGAGGACACAGGCACCAUCAUGCGUGAGGUUCGAGACCUUGAGGAGCAGAUCGAGACGGAGAUGGGCAAGAAGACCCUCAGCAACCUGGAGAAGAUCCAAGAGGACUACCGGGCCCUUCGCCAGGAGAACGCCGGCCUCCUGGGGCGGGUCCGGGAGACCUGA